ACUCCCACUUCCUGCUUCAUGGGCGCUGAACAGUUUAUUUCUUCACACAUAUCGAGUACAGAGUUCACUAUGGGUUUUGCUUAGAGUGGCGAAGGUGACAGGCAGCAGACAGUCGGUGUCCAGGAGACUUGAACGCAUUUCUUUUCGUCUUCUUCUCUCCUUCAGCUCCUCGUCGCUGAGCUUCAGGAUGUAUUUGGUAUUGAUCGCAUUUGCCUCGGCGCUCCCUCUCACCGCCGUUGCCCUGGACAACGGCUUGAUGCUGACCCCUCCCAUGGGCUGGUUGGCGUGGGAACGAUUCCGCUGUGAUAUUGACUGUGACCAAGACCCCAAGAACUGCAUCAGUGAGAAUCUGUUCAUCGACAUGGCAGACAGACUCUCAGAGGACGGCUGGAGGGAACUUGGCUACGUCUAUGUGAACAUAGACGACUGCUGGUCAUCUAUGGAGAGGGACAAGCAGGGUCGGCUGCAGGCAGACCCCAAGAGAUUCCCAGGAGGCAUCCAUAAGCUGUCGCGCUACAUGCACGACAGGGGACUCAAGCUGGGGAUCUACGGGGACAUGGGCUCACACACCUGCGGGGGCUACCCUGGCUCCCCACUAGACCAGAUCGAGAUAGACGCUCAGACCUUUGCGGACUGGGAGGUGGACAUGUUCAAAUUUGAUGGCUGUUACUCUAGUGUCACAGAGCAGGAGCUGGGUUACCCUCUUAUGUCAAAGGCUUUAAAUGCUACAGGCCGCCCCAUUGCCUACUCCUGCAGCUGGCCCGCCUACCAAGGCGGCCUGCCGCCAAAGGUGAACUACACUCUUUUGGGGGAGAUCUGCAACCUGUGGCGUAACUAUGCCGACAUUCAGGAUUCUUGGGACAGUGUCUUGCACAUAGUUGACUGGUUCUUCGACAACCAGGAUGACUUGACACCCGCAGCCGGACCUGGAAGAUGGAACGACCCCGAUAUGCUGAUUGUCGGUGACUUUGGCCUCAGCAUGGACCAGUCCCGCACUCAGAUGGCUCUGUGGGCGAUUAUGGCUGCGCCUCUUUUCAUGUCCAAUGACCUACGCACCAUCAGCAGCGGGGCCCGCAGCAUCCUGCAGAACAAAAUGGCCAUCAGCAUCAACCAGGACCCCUUGGGUUUUCAGGGAAGACGGAUACUAAAGGAGAAGAGUGGCAUUGAAGUAUACUGGCGCACCCUGUCGGGCAAUGCCAGUGCCUUGGUGUUCUUCAGUCGUCGAAAUGACAUGCCCUACCGCUACAAAACUUCCCUCAGCAAACUUAACUACCCGGCCGGCAGCUACAAGAUCGUUGACGUCUUCACUGACAAGACUGCGAUGCUGAAAGACUCCACUGACUUUGUGGUGUCGGUGAACCCGACGGGGGUGGUCAUGUGGUAUGUCUCUGCACCUGCCAAACUGAACAUGCGCCUCUUCUACAAAGGUGGCCAGUUCCACAGAUCUGCCCAUGACGACGAUGAAAACACCAUUCCUCGUGUCUUCCUCUGAUCGCUCACUGUCCAAACUCCAUCAUCAAAUAAUCACAUCACAGUGUCUUCUUCUUCAUGGUCUGCUUCUUUUUCUUUUUAUCAUAAAGGGCCAAUAACGAGAUUAGGUUAUCAUAAGAGCCCGGCACUAUGCAAUGUAAGAUAAUCUGAAAUUGUUUGUGAUCCUUCUUCUGUCAAAUUCUGCACAAGAUCAAGUGAACAUGGCACACUUCAGAGGUGGUGAUAUGGGACACGUGAAGUGUUUCUGUACUUCACAGAUCAUAAGAGCUAAGCUGUCCCCAAAAAAAGGCAAAGGAUGACAAAUGCCACUGACCUGCUAUUUUUCAGAGCAAUGUUAAACGUUACAUUCCACUUUUGGUUUUGGUUUUAAGGAUCAUUGUUUUAUUCUGUCAAGAUCCGCAUGUUGCAGUGCUCAGGUUAAUUGUUAUGACCAUGUGUUUAAGAAAUUAAAAAACGUUUUUUAUGAGAAAUUA